GGUCGACGUCAUUCAUUCUUAUACGUUAAACACUUGCGAGUCGGUAUUCUACGAAUAUUAUUUUGGCGCGUUAGUGAGUGCGAGUUUGUUCAAUAGUGAGUGCAAUGGCACCGACCCCUUACAUAGUCAGUAGCAGCGAGUGCGGUGAGGAGCCGAUUUCCCGCACUUACCAAUACAGAAAAGUAAUGAAACCGAUGCUGGAACGUAAAAGGCGAGCUCGGAUUAAUCGAUGUUUGGAUGAACUUAAAGAGUUAAUGGUCACGGCUCUUCAAAGUGAGGGUGAGAACGUAUCUAAACUGGAAAAAGCUGAUAUUUUGGAGCUGACAGUGAGGCAUCUUCACAAUUUAAAGCGUCAACACCAACUGAUUUUACCGCAAGAACAGUCUUAUGCAGACAGAUUUAGAGCAGGCUUUACCCAAUGUGCCCAAGAAGUAAGUCACUUUAUUACUGCCCCUCCGCAAGAAGUUGUGGAUCCGAUGGCCAGCAGGAAGCUGUUGCAACAUCUUAGUGCGUGUGUGCGACAAUUGGACAGUGUUGCGCAACAGGUUCAGAUGCAACAGGAGCAGAGGGUGCCCAAUAACUAUCAGAGACAGAGUUUAACACCUCCGGUAUCUCCUGAAUGUCAUGUUGUGGAGCAUGUUGAGGAAAAGGGAAUGUGGAGACCCUGGUGAAUUUUCCUUGAUGGUCUACAAACUGUUAUACAAAAGCUUUAAGUGAUUUUAGGCUAAUUAGUUUAGGUUCUUUCGUCUUCCAAAUGUUUUGUUUAUUAUUGGCUAUUGGCUAAAAAAAAUUUUUGUAUAUUAACUUUAUCUUUUUUCUCUAUUAGCUUUAAAACUGUGAUAUUGUUUUUAUAAGUUUAAAUAGCCUAUAAAGUGUGUCUGCGUAUUUUAAUAAAUGAUUAUUAAUAAUUCUUA